CCGGUUUGAGAGCUUAGGGCCGUCAGUCCAAAUGGAAGAAUAUGUAUAUGUUGAAAUGAGAUUUUUUUUCAUUGUUUGUCAUGGCUGGAAGUUUAAGGGAAUUGGAUUCAAAGAGCGCGCACGAUUCGAGCUUGGCUUUUUUCUCCCUCCCCGGUUUUGAUUCGUCUCAGGCCAGUUUGUGUACUUUUGAGAAAGGAGUGUUGUCAGGAGAGCGACAGUAGAUCGUUGUCACAAAUACUGUGUAGAACGCGGUUGGGCUAAAACACUGGGUUUUUUCUUUUUGCUGUCUGUCACUUCUCCCUCCCCUUUCGGUUAAAAUGCAAGAGACGGGACAAGUGCGAUAGUUUGGGCCGCUCUGGAAGUUCUUCAUUGAGCUAUUCUGCUCGCCAAACAAAAAAAUAAGAAGUUGGCAGCUGAAGUAGGAAGUUCGGAAUUUAAGGGCGUUGAUAGCAAAAUGAUAUUUUGAAAGUGGCAUGGGGAGGGAAAGUCAGUCCCGCUGAAACAUUUUCGGACAACCAGCUUCAUCAGUGUGGAGAAGAUUUCUUUUCCCGGUUGUAAUUCUGCAAGAGUUUUGUACGGCUUUGGACAGAAGGGGAAUGGGGUUUAUGAAGCGAUUCGCGUUCCGGACACUUCCACUCUCUCAUGUCCUCGAAAGCCAUUCCAGAUUACCCUGACCUUUCUUUAAAAUAUUGUUUAUGUUUUUUUUAAAGAAGUUUAUUUGCGCUGUCUCGCCGCGUCCAAUUUGUAAACACGGUGAGAAUUCCCAGUCUAAGCCUAGACAACAGAUUUUUUUUCUUGCCAAAUAACACGUGUUCGCCGGGGUAAUUGUUACACUGAGUGAGCUACACCGAAUGAAUCCGGACGAGGAGUCGAAACUGGGCGGUUCAGUGAGUCACCCGACACGCGCGCUAAAAAAGGACUCACUUUAGCAAAACCCGCAGCUCCAGCCUGAGCCGCAGAGCAGUUCAAGCCGGCAGCAUCCUACAUUCCAGUCUCUGCCGAGCUGUACCACACCUCUCAAACCACGCCUCACGCUUCCAGACAUGUGCACCCUCCUGUCCCCUACUUUGCACCCGCUUACCAUCUCUUCAGCUCAGUCACCAGCCCCUUCCUCCUUCUCUCUCGGGAUUCAGGCGGCACGAAUCUCCUGCUGCCGGGAAGUCUCUGGUGUACUUGCCGCUACUGUCAGCGCUGAGGCAGCAACAAGUGCAUGGCAACUUCAGCAGGAUUCCCCCAAGGAAUUUUGCUGCUUCCUCCGGCAGGGAGUAGCUGGGGCUUGGGGGUUCAGACCUCGGGAAAACAAGGGGAGAGGGGAGACAGCCGCUGGGGAGCUGCACGGGGGAACAGUGUACAUCUUGUGCAUCACUGAUAGUCGAGACUUUGAUCAUGCACCAAUGAGUGCUGAAUUACAACACACUAUUGGAUAACCAAGUUGUCCUUAAAAAAGAGACGGCUUGGUGGAGCCAAGGACUCUUGCAGAAGCCUACUUUCACAGAUGUGGUGUGCUCUUCCUUAACGUUCAAAACUGUUUCUUCAAAGGUUGUUCCAGAAAUUUUCAAGACUGUAUCCCAAAGUAGAAACGCAGCAGUCCCAGGCGUUGGCAAUGGGCAGCGUGCGUGCCAACCGCUACAGCAUUGUGUCCUCAGAGGAAGACGGGAUGAAACUAGCUACCAUGGCAGUUGCCAACGGCUAUGGCAAUGGCAAAAGCAAGAUACAUACCAGGCAACAGUGCCGGAGCAGAUUUGUGAAGAAAGAUGGCCAUUGCAAUGUUCAGUUUGUAAAUAUGAGCGAGAAGGGGCAACGCUACUUGUCAGACAUCUUCACAACAUGUGUGGACAUUCGUUGGCGGUGGAUGCUGGUCAUCUUCUGCCUGUCUUUCAUCUUGUCCUGGCUGUUGUUUGGGUGCAUGUUUUGGCUUAUUGCACUGAUGCAUGGUGACUUGGACAACAAAGAAAUGCAUAAACCAUGUGUUUCAGAGGUCAAAAGCUUUACAGCUGCAUUUCUAUUCUCCAUUGAGACUCAGACCACGAUUGGAUAUGGCUUCCGUUGUGUGACAGAAGAGUGCCCCAUAGCUGUGUUCAUAGUAGUCUUUCAGUCCAUUGUGGGCUGCAUCAUUGAUGCUUUCAUCAUUGGUGCUGUCAUGGCCAAGAUGGCCAAACCAAAAAAGAGAAAUGAGACACUCAUUUUCAGUGACAGUGCUGUGAUUGCUAUGAGAGAUGGAAAGCUCUGUUUAAUGUGGCGAGUUGGAAAUUUACGAAAGAGCCAUUUAGUGGAAGCCCAUGUAAGGGCCCAGCUGCUUAAAUCUAGAAUAACACCAGAGGGUGAAUACAUACCCUUGGAUCAAGUAGAUGUUAAUGUAGGCUUUGAUAGUGGAAUAGAUAGAAUAUUUCUAGUGUCGCCUAUUACAAUAGUACAUGAAAUUGAUGAAGACAGUCCUUUCUAUGACUUGAGCAAACAGGACAUGGACAAUGCAGAUUUUGAAAUUGUCGUGAUUCUUGAAGGAAUGGUGGAAGCUACAGCAAUGACCACACAGUGUCGCAGCUCGUAUCUUGCAAGUGAAAUUCUCUGGGGUCACCGAUUUGAACCAGUGCUCUUUGAGGAGAAAAAUUACUACAAAGUUGAUUAUUCCCGCUUUCACAAAACCUACGAGGUUCCUAAUACGCCUCUCUGCUGUGCCAGGGAUUUGGCAGAAAAGAAAUACAUACUCUCCACACCCAACACUUUCUGCUAUGAAAAUGAGGUGGCCCUCAUGAACAAAGACGAUGAGGACAGUGAGGCUGGGACACCAGAUAGUCCAAGUACAGAGACACUAACUAACACGGACCAUAAUCAGGCCACCGUCCCAUUAGAGCCUCGCCCCCUCAGACGAGAAUCUGAAAUCUAACAUCUAAAAUGUAUCUUUUUCUUUAAAAAAAAGAUAAUGUAUCCAUCCAAGCAUAUUAUGCUUAACUGUGCCCAGAACAGCACAUCAAGAAAAGGGUACUGUUGAAGUCAGGCUUUGCUGAAAGGCAGUCCUACAGAGGUUGUUCUUCUUUAGUGACAGAUGGUAGGAGAACAAUUCUUUCAAACAAAGCACUAAUAAUAAUUUUUAACCUGAUAAGGAGGCACAUAAUAGCAAAUGCAGUAGCAUAUAUAUAUAUAUAAUAUACAUAUAUGGCAAAACUUGAACUUGCAGGAAAGACUGGAUGGACGUAAGUUAACCCAAAACAUUAUCUACACCGAUCAAAAUGGCUCUCAAUGGAAACUUAAAGCUCUGAGCGAGGCUUUCAUCUGCUCUGAAAUGGUUUAACUGAACUCCUGAAAGAACAGUGACCACUGAAGAACAAUUUAAUUGAUAAGUUGAUAAGUGAAGUUGCGGCUUAUAUAAUAUUUAUUUUUGAAGUUUUCUUCUAUUGAUUUAUUGUGAUCAAAUCAAAACCAGUAUUUAUGAUUCCUUUUGUUCCUCUAAAACCGGCAAUUAAAAUUUGGUUUGAUUUUCUUACUCCUAGUUCUUUUAAAAUUGACCGACUUCAGUUUCCAAAGAAUUGGCCGACUUAAAUCUUGAUGGUAGUCUCCCACACAUGAAAACUUUGACAAUUCGCUGCACUGACUCUAUGAAGUUCAUAGUUCCACUGUUCAGAAAAGAAGUAAAUGCAUGAAGAUAAUCUUUGUCCGUUAUUAGCAAAUCUUACUGUCUCCCUUUUCCAGAAGUAUGUAUAUCAUAAAGUCAAGUUUAACUAAUGACAAAGGGCAAGCAUGUCUGGCUAUUUAACUAUUGCAGAUGUUGAGAUACUUUUCGUUUUCUAACAAUCUUUAUAUGUGAAUAUAGAUCUUCCAAAGGUGAAGCGCAGCGCAUUCCUCUCAUUUUAAGCAAGUAAUGAAACCCAAACCCUUGGCCCUUGCAUGUUUAUCAGCUUCUUGCUGCUCCACGUUCACUUGAUAGGUGGAACAAUUUGGCCAAACUUCCCUGGCUGUUGGUAUUAUCCGGUAAUCGCCCAGUAAAUGUUGUGACUUGGGUGUAGCAUGAUGGAAAGACAUUCCUCUACUUUGCUGGCUCUUGCCCCCUUCUUCCUUCCCUCUUCACAAGUUGGAUCUAUUCUCUUGAAACACUCUGAUAGCAAGUGAGACAUUAUUUAUGGUGGCAAUACACAGUUCUAUCCUGCGAAUUGAACUUACAGUGCAUUGGCUGGAAGUCUAGCUGAUCAACCAAGCACCAUGACCACUUGCAGUAGAAACAAACCUGGGCUGUAUUGCUGCCUUACUGGGAUAUUAUAGGUUAUGAUUUCUCUGUAGCAAAAUAGCUCACAACAGGGUGAAGUAGAAAUAGUCUUUCCAGUGAGCAAGUCCUAUGGUACUAGCCCUCAGAAGGUUUGAGCAUCUGUGGCUUAUCUAACCUGCUCAUCUGAAUGAAGCUGCACAGAGGAGAGAACAAUGGAGAGGUCAAAUUGCAUAGUUUUAAUGUUUAAGGUUUCUUUAAUGGAAUGUUACAAAGAAUUUUAAACUCUUUUGAUUUCCCAUUGUCUGCGCUUGAAAGAGAGCAUCCCAUUUCUCUUUCCUUUCCACAGCUGUUCAGCUGAUGUCACAGCACUAGUUCAAGUCAAUAACCCUACAUUCCAAAGCUGGUUUGUCUGAGGAAGAUGACUUACUGCUGUGAAGACAGAUUUAAACUGAUUCACCAAAAGUUCACAUAAUCUUUAAGAAAUAGUCAGUUGCACAAAACAGUUUCUGGUCCGCAAUGAAGUUGCAGCAGAAUUAACUAACUCCAGACCAACUUAGAAUAGUGGGAAAAGGGUCACUGAACGUUUUGGUAAAAGAGUUGGCAUGUCACCAAGCAAAUGACAUCCACAGUUUUUCAAAAAAAAAUUAAUUCAAUAUUAGGCACACUGGAAGAAAGACAGAACAUUUUUAAAAAAAAUACCAGUAUUUUUUAAGCAGUGAGAGAGGUUAGCAAAACUCAAUUUGUUUUGUUGUGGUAGUUAAAUAUCACUGACCGGCUGAAAGCAGACGGUAAUGUGGGGUCAGCACACCUGCCAACUAAUUGCAAAUGGUCUCCUUGCCAACUCUAAUUAUAGCUUUAUUAGCACAUUUUCCCGUGGAGGACUGUUUAGGCAAUUGGCAGCUUUCUCUGACCUACAAGUUGCUAUGUGUCCUACCGAAACCAAAAACAGUGAACAAUAUAUGACAGCUUGGAACUAGUAAUGGGGUUUGGUGGGUGUAGUGGGAGGGUAAAUUAACCAAUACACACACAUGACAGAUUAGUUAACUGUAGAGAGAAAAUAUGCACAAGGCAACUUGAAGAUGGAUGCUAUCCGUCAGUAUAAAAAUUGCAAAAAUACUGCACAUGCUGCUAAUAAAAGUGCAUCCCUCGGUUCCUCAGAAUGGAAUUUCAACCAAAGAGUAUUUACACCAGCAAAUAAAGCAAUGGUAAAAGAGCAGGAAACCAAGGAGCUGGCUUACAACACUUUGGAUUGACCUGCAAAAUGCUGCCAUUUCACUGAAGAAAAAUUAGCACAUUUUAAAAAUUUAAAAAAACAAAAAAAAACUUUCUUGAACACUUCAGGGCUCAAUUGCCUGAUGCAUAUAUUUAUCAGGAAAAAGAAACAGCAUUUUUACAACAGAAAACUCUUGCAAUAUAUAGUUUUUAAUAAAAUGUACAGUUUAUAAAUGUUUAAUGAAUAUUUUCAUAUUUAAAGCCAAAUGUAAAUAAAGUCAAAAUAAGAUGCCACAUGAGGAUAAAAACUGGCAAUUCAGUAUCUUGUAACAACCAGUAGACCCAAGAUGCUGCAGGUUAGCGCAGGUCACUUGAUUUUAACAUUGUUCAAGCUUAAUAGGGUUUGUUACAACUAUGAACUUUCAUUAUUUAUUAUUUAAGCAUGACAUAGAGUUAAAAUUCAUAGAAUACCUUAAUGACAUUAAAAGAAAACUGGUUAGAAUUUGGAAUGUUGCAAUCUUGUCAAGACAUGAUGAACUAGUUUAACUCUCAUGCACUCUUUGUACGAAAUAUUUCCACUAAAGAUAUAUAUUUUUGGCCUUCCUACAAGGCAUGUUGGGAUAACAAAAUUGUGAAGUACUGUAAUGUCUAUAAAGUAUAGCUGCUCUCGACCAUUUAACUUAUUUAGUGCUGCAUGGUGGCCACCUCUCUGCCAGUAAGACUUGUUGUCUUAUGAACUCCUUACAGCUUUCCCUACAGACACUUGCAGCUUGUCAAAUCUACGGUUGAUGAUGUUCUUGAUUUUAUUGUACCUGUACCAUUUUUGCAGCCUUUUGUAUCAACGUCUUCCUACUGUACUGCACAGAUCCACCAAUUGUACAGAUUUUUUAAAAGAAAUGUAUGUCUUAUUUUAUGGUUGAAAUAAAUUUUUUGUGAAAUAUUA